AUGAGCUCUCCGCCCGCUGUCCAGUUGGAGGUGGAAGUUGGUGACGAAUCUAUGGAGGACGACACUACUGACAUGAUUCCUGCUGACAGGUUCACGUUGCCAGCUCGGGCUGAUGCUAUUGUGGAGCUAUGGAGAACGAAGAUGGAGGAGGGCGUACUGUCCCCGGCACACUUUCUAGACCAUUGGAGGGUGACCGUACCACGGAUAUAUUCACCACAGCCGAACAGGACCUGCUUAGACUGGUCGUUUGACGAAGAACUAGCAGCAAAACUUCUUAUUCAGCCGCUAGAGCAAUUUGUGUGGGGUAACAGCGAUGGGUCACAACCCCCACUGCCCAGGCGGUCUACACUCUGCGGAAGGGUAUUCAAGCAGGGUGACCCUGCUUACAGCUGCCGAGAAUGCGGCAUGGACAAUACAUGCGUCUUAUGCGUGGAGUGCUUCAAGGUGUCAGCUCACAGGCAUCACAAAUACAAGAUGGGUCAGUCGAGCGGUGGAGGUUGCUGCGACUGUGGCGACACAGAAGCUUGGAAACGAGAUCCUUUCUGCGAACUUCAUGCUGCUUCAGAAGAUGACAAUCAAGCUGAAGCGAAUAUGAAACCAGAAGUGGUGGAGAGGAUGAAAAUCGUAGCUUCUGUUUGCCUGUCGUACUGUCUCCGGCUUCUGACACGCGACCAUGCACCUGGCCUACCCAACGAUCUCAGACUAAAAGACGCAGAACGAGACCUAUUACAGAUAUUGGAUCAGCCCGAUUGCUACUGCACUGUGUUGUACAAUGAUGAAACCCACACAUUCGAUCAGGUUAUAACAACUCUAGUGAGGGUAACAAAAUGCAAUCAGCGAGAUUCCUUAGAACUGGUGAGUCUCAUCGACCGCGAAGGACGAGCCUUGGUUAAAUGUAACUCUUUCCAAAUUUGUGAUAAACUCAAGACCGACAUUGAAAUGUUCACUUCGCGCCACGGGCCCAGUCUCAAGGUGCUCGUCAUGCACGCGCACGUCAUCGCCCACCAGACCUUCGCGAUGAAGAUGCUGCACUGGCUGCAAAACUUCGUUAGCCAGGAGCCCAGUCUCCGUCUAGCAGUCAGUCAGGUAGCCCUUGGUGAAGACGCUUGGGGAGCGAACACUUCUGUGGCUGGUGGAGGAGGGGUCGCUUGCGGUGUGAUGCAGAACGAUUCACGAAUGUGGAAAGCCGCCAGAACCGCUUGGCAUCGGCUUCUGAUUGCCACUACCCUAAUGGACUAUGCUACAAAAAGGAGCAUGGCCAUUUUGUUUACCAAAAACUACGGUUCCAUACUCAAGGACUUCAUACGUGACGAUCACGACCACUCGUUCUCAAUAUCAUCGCUGUCGGUCCAGCUGUACACCACGCCGACGUUGGCGCACCAUCUUAUAGCAAAGCACGACGCUCUGUUCGUAGUGCUGAACACUUUUGUCAGCGAGUGUAAUCGACGAUGCAAUAAUGGACGCCUGGAGUUUGACCGCAAUCAUGUUCCCAUGGCGUUCAAACGCGCUCAAUUCAUUUUGUACGACAUCAAGUACCUGCUCGGUUCAGUGCCGCCCACGUUUGACGAUGAGCUCCGGAAGGGCUUCAUGCACGGCAUGUCGUUAAUGCUCAACUUGCUCGUCAUGAUGCAGGGAAUGGACUCUGUCGUGAGACAGAUUGGCCAGCAUAUGGAAUAUGAACCUGAAUGGGAGUCAGCGUUCAACCUACACGUGAAAUUAGCACACAGUAUCACGCUAUCGCUGGAGUGGUGCGCGGCAGAGAAAUCGCUAGCAGCUGCCGUUUACCGCAUGGCGCUAAGAAAACACAGCGAGAAUUAUACACCACCACCUAAAGUCGUUCGAGAGAUGGGCGAGCAGAGCGCGUCCGUGAUCCCAUACGACGUGUCGAGCGAGCCCGUGUCCAUCCACCGGCCGCUGUCGCGCUACAUCGCCGGCCUGCACCUGCUGCUGCACCAGCACGGCCUGUCCUACCACUCGCGCGAGUUCGACCGCCAGGACAAGCCCAAGCCUACGCCUGAGGAACUUAUCGAACCUGUGCUCCAGACCAUGGCGAUGAUAGGACAAGUUCACGCAGGCAUGUGGCGCCGCAAUGGGUUCGCGCUCAUCAACCAGCUCUACUUCUACCAAAAUGUCAAAUGCCGCGCUGAGAUGUUGGACAGAGAUGUUGUCAUGUUACAGGUCGGCGCAUCUCUUCUCGAAAGCAACGAGUUCAUAAUUCACGUACUAAACAAGUUCAACCUACUGGAGUGGACGUCUUCGAAUUUCGAACGGCACAGCAUAGAAGAUGACACUCUGAGACACACCAUCAGUAUGGUCGAGGAGUUCUUGGGACUACUGAUUACAAUUGUCGGUUCCCGAUAUGUGCCAGGAGUUGGAGAAGUAACCAAUGAAGACAGAACAAAGAAGGAGAUCAUACAGAUGCUCUGUUACAAACCGAUGCCACACUCUGAACUUAAUAGAUCACUCCCAGAAGAUCAACUCCAUGAGACAGGACUAGAAGCAGUAAUCCACGAAGUGGCCGACUUCAUUAAGCCUACGGGCGGGAACAACCGCGGCGUUUACAAACUCAAACCACAUCUUUAUGACGAAUACGACACUUUCUUCUACCACUACACCAGAGAGGAGCUGUCCAGGAGUGAGGAGGAACAGAGGACUAGGAGGAAGAAUGCUGGGCUGGCGGAGUGCUGCCCGCCGCCGCCGCUGCCCCGGCUGGCGCCGCCGUUCCGCCUGCUCGCCAACCUGCUGCAGAGCGACGCGGCGCAGCACGUACUGCGCGUCGUGCUGAGCCGCGCGCUCGACCUGCGCGCGCGCUCCUUCUCCGAGACGCAAGUGCACAAGGCUCUACAUUUGAUGGGCUACGCACUCCGUGAUGAGGAGAGCGGCCACUACGAGUUUCUAGCUUUCGCAGAGAGUGCGGCCCGCGGUGGUCUUAUGGGGCUGCUGCAGAAGCUCACUACCAGCCCCAGGGUCGACGCACAUCGACAACUUGCCAAAUGGGUUCUCGCCAAAAUGAAAUCCCUUCUUGGACAAAACGAUGAACAUUUGGGCGAUGGUGAAAGCAUGGAGACAGAUUCGGAGGAGAAGCCCAGCUCAGAUGCAGCAGCUGAAGCAGAGAAAUCGCGGCGAGCUAAGCUAGCGGCAGAACGUCGAGCAAAAUUAAUGGCACAGAUGCAGACUCAGAUGAAUAACUUCAUAUCCAAUAAUGCAACACUCUUUGAGGAAACGACUACUGAGGUAACAGCAGAGGAACAAGAGCUUCGUCCGUUGUACUGCGGCUCGGCGCUCGGAGUUUGGGGCGGCGGGGUCCCGGAGCCGACACGCGUUUGCAUCUUGUGUCAGGAGGAAGGGCGCGUGGAUGGGAAAACCGAGCCCAUGGUGCUGGUGGCGUUCGUGCAGCAGUCGUCGGUGCUGAACCGGCUGCGGCGCGGCGGCUGCGGCCGCAUCCCCGAGGCGUGGCGCGCGUCCUGGCUGCCGGCCGGCCUCGGCCUCCAGCCGCACGUGUCCAGCUGCGGACACGCGCUGCACGCCGCCUGCUGGCGGAACUACGUCGACAACGUGCAGGACAAGGAGAACAGGAGGCCUUACCGGGGCAGACAACCAGCUGCCUUCGACGUGGAAAAAAAAGAAUAUCUGUGCCCUCUUUGCGAACGGCUAUGCAACACGGCUCUCCCGUUACUGUCCGCACCAUCUCUUCCUGUGGGCGCACCACCCCUACUGUCUGAAGAAAUGUAUAACGAAUCAGUCAAUAUGAUUUUGAAACUGAAGCACCAAGUUAGCUCUGAAGCUAUUCACAUAUGUACCGAGUUCUGCGAAGAAAUGCACUGCCAGGCCAGGGCUCGCAGCGUGGGCGCCAUGUCCUCGGACAUGGAAGAUGGAGAGUCGGCUGAUGAAUCAGAGGUGUACGUGUCGACACAUGCCGAAAACCUACUGUCUGGAGAAUUCUUAGCGCACUUUGAAGGGGAGAUUCCGGCGUAUCAUGAAAUGACUAAAACGUUGAUUGAAGAUUUUGCUAAUAUUCUUCCAAUCACCGAGUAUGGUGGUAUGGUGUCUAGCGCUGCUCUUUACAGAGCCACCUCAUACACAGUAAUUAGUACAAACGCAGUGCUACAAGCUGAAAACAGGCCUUUAUUGGGCGACCUCCCCGCUAGACACAAGGACACUCUUCAGGCUCUCAUUCGUCUAGCUGCAGCAAUACCUGCUGUCUGGGCCUCGCCUAAGCAUCUCGCCCAUCACGCAUUAAGUUCUCUCAAUACGUUGGAGUGUACUUCACCCUUAACACAUGAGCCCUUCGGCACUUUAGUGUCGUUAGUACUUACAGCUCCCUCAUUGUUCUGUAAAGUCGCCGGUCCGGCUCGACCCAACAAUCUAGCCCGACAAAUAUCUUUGCAGUGCUUUAGAGCCAAUUUAACAAGAGCUUUACUAGUCGCCGAUCUGUCUAGCUGCAAGAGUGUACCUAUGGAAGAGCAAGGGGAUUAUAAAAACUCUUCAGAAUUGGAUUCUUUACUGCCUUUCAUAAAAGAACUUCGAAAAGGUGUAUUAGAAGAGAAUUUGAACCCUGUAGAAGUAUGGGCGAAGAUAAAAAGUCAAUGUCACGCCUUUUUGAGAUGUUGUUGCUUAUUCUUCUUCUUCUUGAGUGACAUAAACCCACCUUCAGAAUUGACAGUUGUAGGUGGUGAUACUUGGGACACGAUGUGCGGAUACCUUGGUCUCCCUUCAUCAUAUAAGGAAUUAAUAGACAUGUAUUCAACGAAGAAGAAGAUUACUGAGUGGGUGGGCUUAUCAUCUGAAUGGUUUAACGGAGAGAUACCAGCACGUGUAGUAACUGAUCCUGAUGAACCACCUCGACUGAUCCCGUUGCCUGAUGAUUUCUCAGAGUUGAUGAAUAUAGUAUCCGAGUUCUCUUGUCCCAAUUCUGAGAGGGAAGACAGUAAGAAGCCAACGAUGUGCUUGGUGUGUGGACAGAUUCUUUGCUCGCAGAGUUAUUGCUGCCAAGCUGAUAUACCAAAGGCGGGGCUGCGCGGCGAGACGACGCGCGUGGGGGCGGUGGUGGCGCACUGCGUGCAGUGCGGGGGCGGCGCCGGCGCGUUCCUGCGCGUGCGCGAGUGCGAGCUGCUGCUGCUGGCGGCGCCCGCGCGCGGCGCCAAGCUGCCCGCGCCCUUCCUCGACUCGUACGGCGAGACCGACCAGGGUCUGCGUCGCGGGAACCCUCUCACCCUUUGCCCGGAGCGGUACGAGCAGCUCCGCAUGCUGUGGCUGAGUCACGGCCUACACGAGCGCAUCGCGCGGUCCCUCGACACGAGCGUCCUGGUUAUCACCACUUGGCAGAACUUGUGA